AUGUUUAGACCCCAAGUGAGACCUUCAGCGGCCUUAGUGAAUGAACUUUUGGCGGGUCGCAUCAAUUGUGCAAAGAUGAUCCCAUUGUUAAACAAAGCAAGGCAUUUAAUUUUACUUUUGGCAGAGCAUGUAUCGCGUUUUAAAAGUGAAGUAGACAACAGUUCAGAAUCUUUUUUGAAGUCGUUAUGCUCUCAAAAAGCAAGAAUGGACAAAAAUCUCAAAACUCCUCCAUUGAAUCAGCCAAACAUUGUUUCAGGCGUGUGUGCUGGAGUGUUGUCUUAUGCAGAAAUAGCUGAUUUGCAUUGCAUUAUGUAUAUACUUUACACAGAUACGUUUACAUUGGACUCCAAAAAUUCGUUACCACUUGCAAAAUUAUUUUCGGAAACAUUUGGUAAAUCAAUUUCCAAAUUUUCAGCUGGAGAUACAAGUUGCUUCAAUAAAGGAAAUUUGUACAUGUAACA